AUGGAUUGUGCGUGCAUUGUGCGGAUUUUACAGCUCAUUAACUUUUAUCACAAUUUACCUCCUACCGCACCAUAGGCAUUCUUUACCUAUUCUCAUGUCGCAGUUAGUGAUUAUAGACAUGAUGUGCUGCAUGAACACUGUUCUAUUACUUUUGUUAGGUUAUCGUGUGUAAUUUCACCGAAUUCACAGAAGUCUGUGCAGAAUGUGGAUUACUAACUUACCUAUUCAUCUGCUCAGCCACUGCCCCGCUGCGCUCUAAGUGGGCCCAAAGGUAGACCCUGUUUUUUAUUUCUUUAGCCCAUGGCGUCUGGGACUUGCAGUCCCCACACGGUUUGGUCACCUGCGGUUUUUCUGUAAUUGCUGCUUUAUCAUCUGCAAUCUCUUUACCCCGAAAUUUCUUCGCCUUUCAGAUGAGAUCCUAGUUUCUAUUUGGGAUGCUUUUCUCGGCCGCUUUUCCGCUCCGAAUAGUGUACAUCCAACUUGCUUCUCAGAGUCUCCAGUCCAUCUGGACGACUUUCGGCGGACGUUUUUUAACCUUGGGGUUCAAUAUUAGUUUCAGUUUCGAGGAAUCCCCAGUUUCUCCGUACGCGACUCGUAGCACUGUCGCCGCUUGCUCUGUUGUUUCACGGCGCCGGAGCUCUACUCCAACGAACAAUACUUCGUUGGUAUCCGAGUUAAUGACUCCUGUCGGCAGCACCCCAGCGUCACCUGUCCCGGAAGAUCCAGCUAGUCCAAGUGGUCAAAGCACUCCUAUAUUUGCAGCAGCAUCUCCAAAUUCCACCCGAGUUAUUCCUCUGGAGCCAGUAUCGCGGACCAAGACUCAUGCCGUGACUGAUACUGAAAACGUGACAGGUUUAUCAAUUUCUGAUCCCAGUGAGCGCAGUCGAUACUCGUGGUCUACACUACAGUGGGCCGAUGUACGCGUUCACGUUUGCUACGAAAGUUCUCUCUGGUCUUCGGCAAGCUGCAUGGCUUGUGCCGAAAGCGCUGGUCGCUGCUUUUUAUGGCCAUCAUGUGCCUCCAGACGAAUCACAUCGGGCAGUGCUCCGAAGCUCGACUGCGAUAAAGCUGUGCCCGUUUUUCUUCAGGUGAAGCCGGAAUAUCUGGGCGUAUGGGGUUGCGAAGUCUUGAGCCCAUUUGAAUUAGCUGAGGCUUGGCUCGGAUCUAAGAUUCGCGGCGAUGCAGAUAUCAUAAGGGUUCGAGUUCUGGCGGACACGGGCGAUAUCAUUUGGGUGGAAUAUCAAUCUCUUCAAGACUUUCUGGGCGCGAAUCCAGAUUUGAAACCGGAAAUCAACGUGGGCCAGUUGUCUUCAUUGUUUACCCAACUGUCCAGACUUCCAGUGGGUUCUUAUGUCCUCACACCUUCCGCUGAUCAGACGACUGGACCUUUCGACCUGUACGAGGCGGAUCAUCCAGUUUCUCCCGAAGGCGUCGCAUUAUGUGUGGGAGCCCAUAACGUCUCACACGCUUUCGCUUCAACCGAGUGUCUUAUACUGUCUUGCCGAACAACUUCAUCGUGAUGCCAGUUGGGUUGUUCGGGUUUAUCCCGUUCAAGCAAAUAGUUCGGCGGCAGUGUUCCAAUACGUGGUGGAUUUUCGCCUGACAAGUCUUCUCCUUAUAAAAAGCCCCAUAUGUGCG